AUGACUGUGUCGCUGGAGGAAAAUGCAAAAAUUCAGAUGUUAUCCGCGGCGAGUAAGGAUAAGAAAUCGACGACAGAGAGAAGUUUGAUCGAGAAAUAUCAUCUGGGUCCUCUUGCACUUCAUACUGGACUUGUUGUUAGUUGUGUCACUUAUGCAGUGGGCGGAGCUUACCUAUUUCUAUCAAUCGAGCGGCCAGAAGAAAUGAAAAGAAGAGCGAAAGCGAUUUUCAAAUUUCAAGAGCUGAAAGAUCAAUUUCUGGGAAAUCUGAGUGCUUUGCAACCAGAAACAGACAGAAUCUUGGAAACUUACACCAAAAAAUUGAUGUACAUGCUGGAAGAUGCUCAUAAUGCACAUGCUUUUGAGCAUUUUAUAAUCCCGAACGGCGUUCCUAAAGACAUGUGGUCCUUCUCUUCAGCAUUGGUUUUUACGACGACUACAGUAAUCCCAGUGGGUUAUGGCUACAUUUUCCCAGUCUCCGCGUACGGUAGAAUCUGCUUGGUUGCUUAUGCUCUUUUAGGUAUUCCGUUAACUUUGGUCACUAUGGCUGAUACUGGAAAAUUUGCGGCACAGCUAGUGACUAGAUGGUUUGGGGAGAACAUGGCAAUACCUGCUGCGAUCUUUGUAUGCCUCCUGUUUGCCUAUCCUCUAGUUGUCGGCUGGAUUCUUUGCUCCACUUCCAGUAUCACAUUUUUGGAUUCUGUCUAUUUUUCGUUGACCUCCAUUUUUACAAUUGGGUUCGGAGAUUUGACACCGGACAUGAACGUGAUCCAUAUGGUUGUGUUCCUUGCGGUUGGUGUGAUUCUUGUCACAAUCACGUUGGAUAUUGUCGCUGCCGAAAUGAUUGAUCGAGUGCAUUACAUGGGAAGACAUGUCGGAAAGGCUAAGCAGUUGGCUGGAAAAAUGUUCCAAUUAGCACAGUCUUUGAAUAUGAAACAAGGAUUGGUGUCAGGCGUUGGACAGUUACAUGCGUUGGCUAGAUUUGGCAUGUUGGUUGGGAAAGAUGAUGUGGAGAAGACGGUGCCAGAAGACGGUGUCAUCGCCUUCUCACCCGACGUUAUGGAUGGUUUGGACUUUGUGGAUAACCUAUCGAUCUACAGUCGUCGCAGCCGACAUUCAGCUGGAAAUUCUGCACGAAACCUGUUUUUAUCUUGA